UCUGGAGUAUAGUCGAGAUGAGUAUCGGGCAGACGUUAUCCCUGCUCAGUAGUACAGAGUUGUUCCGCCGCCCGCAGAGACUACGACGACUGGGGUAACGUGCUGGAGGACGACAGCUGGCUCUUCCCCUCCGUCCUUCCCUUUUUCCUGCGCUCGGAGAACGCCCUGGAUGAGGACUUGGCGAGGGACACCACGUUCCACUCCAGGGGCGGGCCCCUCCCCGUCCAGCGCCUGCCCGCCGUGGACCCCGUCAGCAAGGUGCUGGUGCAGGCCAUGAAGGACAUCGGCCUCGACGAGCGGGACCCCAACGGCGCCGUGCAGGCGGGCGUCUCCAUGGCGCAGACCACGACCAUCAACGGCGAGCGGGCGAGCACCAACAGGGCCUUCCUCAGGCCCGUGCGCCACCGGCCCAACCUGGAGGUGCGCACGCGCGCGCACGUCACCAGGGUCCUGUUCCGCCGCGGCGAGGCCAGCGGCGUGGAGUACCGCGACGGCUACACCGGCACGCUCAAGAGGGCGUACGCGAGCAAGGAGGUGGUGCUGAGCGCCGGCGUCAUGAACUCGCCCCAGAUCCUUAUGCUGUCCGGAAUCGGCCCAAAGAAGCACCUCUCGUCACUCGGUAUUAAGGUUGUCAAGGACCUCCCCGACGUCGGCGAGAACCUGAUGAACCACGUGUCCAGCCUUGGCAUCGAGUUCCUGCUGCCGCCGGGCUGGCCCGCCCUGCCCGCCGACAUCAACGCCCGCGAGCAGGACUUCACGCACUUCGCGCCGGGCGGUCCGCUGUCGUCCAUCGGGCCGGAGGAGGUGACAGCCUUCCUCAGAGGGUCGGGGCCGUCCGUCGACGGCCGGCCCGUGUGGAACCUGCGGUUCUACGGCAACAUCCCCAAGUCACGCGGCGGGCCCGUGUGCAUCCCCGCGCCGCCGCAGGACCCGCUGUACUACGACCGCAUCCUGGUGACGCCCGUGCUGCUGGACUGCAAGAGCGUGGGCUCGGUGCGGCUGCGCAGCGCCGACCCGCUCGCGCCGCCGCUCAUCCGGCUCAACCUGCUCGGCGACGAGCCCGGCCGCGACCUGCGGCUGCUCGUGCAGGCGCUGCAGACGUCGGCCGCGCUCGAGGACACCCCGGCCUUCCAGCGCGCCAACCUUACGCUGAACCGCGCGCCGCUGCCCGGCUGCGAGCAGCACGCCUUCGGCUCGACGGCCUACUGGGAGUGCGCCGCGCGCACGCACACGCUCAACACCUUCCACACGGCGGGCACGGCGCGCAUGGCGGCCCCCCACCGGCCCGGCGUGCUCGACGCCAGGAUGCAGGUGCGCGGCGUGCCGAGGCUCCGCGUCGUGGACGCCAGCUCCUUCCCGCUGCUGCCCAGCGGCAACCCCAACGCCCCCGUCAUCAUGCUGGCCGAGCGGGGCGCGCACUUCAUCCGGCAGACCUGGGGGCAGGCCGCCCGCGGCGCCCAGGACAAAUGACCGCCAAAAGUCCUCCUCCUCCUCCCCCUCACGUCCCACCCCAAAGUGGAGGUUAUUUUUCAGAAUUUGCCCCCGCGGGCUCGCGGUGGACUACCGUCGGGGCUUAGCGACUCAACAGGCGAUGGGGCUCUGCGCCACGGCCCUACCCCACCUCGCCUCGCCCCACCCCCCUUCCCCGCCCACCACCUCCGACCCUCCCCGCCGUGACACCCGGCCCCCAGCGGGCUACUGCCUACGGUGCGUUAAUUACCUCGAAGGGAAAAGAGGGAGAGGGGUCCGAACAUCCACAGGCUCAGCAAAGUCGAGUCACCGUUAAUAAAAGAAAACUGUGGAAAUCUCGAAAGUCGAUCUUCCGAUAUGACGAGUUCCCCGGUCGUUACACACAGCUCGGCGAGCGUUCGGCGGCUGUAAUGUGCCGCCGCGCUCCGGGCCAGGCGGCGAGUGGCCGCGGGGAAGGAGGGCGAAGUUGUUGGCGAACUUUUAUUCUCUCAACUUGGGGUUUAUUGGGUCCUAUCUGCGCCACCAGCCGUGGUGUCGAUGGUCGGCGCGUGUCCACCCCAAAGCCGCGCCAGCCAAGUGCUGCGGGGGCGGGGCCCGGGCCGUGGCUGUGAAUGCAGAGGCGCGGACAUGGGGAGGGUGCGGAGGGGAUCCACGGUUAGAAGCGCAGAG